AUGGAUGCUGCUAAUCUCUUUAAGCCUAUGCUUGCAAGAGGUCAGCUGCGGUGCAUUGGCUCUACAACUCUGGAGGAGUACAGGAAAUAUGUGGAGAAAGAUGCUGCAUUUGAGAGUCGUACUAUUCUCACUCUAGUCGCUUUAGAUUCUUCUUCUCUCGACUCGUCGAUCACCGAUCACUUGCUAUAUUCAAGUGAGUUACGUCACCCAGGGGCUAGUUGGAAUUUGUUUUCAGAAGAAUUGUGCAAGAGGUUUGCAGAAACUACUGGAGAGGAAGUAGUAGAGAUAUACAAUAAGAGCAAACAACUGGGCUCCAUAGAAGAAUAUCAGGAGAAAUUCGAAGAACUCAAGUCACAGGUGCUGGAAUCAAUGAAGACUGGCAGCAGGGGCAAAGGGACUGUGAGAAAGGAAACAAAAGAAGCAUUGAAGCCUGUUGAUUACAGGAAGUUGGGGAAGAGAAAGGCAGUGGUCGAGGCAGAUAAAAAGCCAGCUAUGAAGAGGAAGGCAGCUAAGAAAGACCCAAACAAACCCAAGAGGCCCCCGAGUGCCUUCUUUGUCUUCCUCGAGGAGUUCAGGAAAACUUUUAAGAAGGAAAAUCCUGAUGUCAAGGGCGUUGCAGCUGUCGGGAAAGCUGGUGGAGAGAAGUGGAAAUCCAUGAGUGCAGCUGAAAAAGCUCCAUAUGAAGCUAAAGCUGCGAAAAAAAAGGCCGAGUAUGGAAGUCUUGUGGAUGGGUACAACAAGAAGCAGGAGAGCUCUGCUGAUGAAGGUGGCAAAGAAUCUGAGAGAUCGAAAUCUGAAGUUCAUGAUGAAGAUGAUGAGAGUGUGCAGGAGGAAGAGGAUGACGACGGGGAGGAGGAGGACGAGGAGGAAGAAGAUGACGAUGAUGAUUGA